AUGGCAGAUGCUUUAGGAACACUGGCUUCCAUGAUUAAAGCAAAUAAAAAAGCGGAUGUGAGACCAAUUCAGAUGAGUAUUUCUGAGGUCCCAGCUCAUUGUUGUAACAUUGAAGAAGAGGAAAAAGAGGACCAUCCAUGGUAUCAAGAUAUAUUACAGUAUGUGAGAAAUUGUGAAUAUCCUGAUCAGACAACUGAGAAUGACAAAAGAAUCUUGAAGAGGUUAGCCUGCGAAUAUGUACUAGAUGGGGACAUCCUUUAUAAAAGAAGGAAAGAUCAGGUGCUUUUGAGAUGUGUCCACGCUGUGGAAGCCAGACAAAUCUUAGAAGAAGUACAUGAAGUCUUCAUGGAGUUUGUAUACAGAACCCCAAGCUGUGAUAUGUAG